GGAGGCGCGUGCAUAGCUUCAAAAUCAAGACAACUUGGCGGGAGGUCUCACCUGCUGUGACCGAGGAGAGUGAUGGAGACCCCGCAGACCUUCCGAGCAGUACCCCCCCUGCCUCUGCUCGUGCUGCUGCUCACAGGACUUCACACCGACGGAUACAAACCUGUCAUCAUCGUCCACGGUCUGUUUGAUGGACCCAAACAGUUUGUAGUGCUGUCUCAGUACAUUAAAAAGGUGCAUCCAGGCACUGAAGUGAAGACGAUCAGUUUGUACAACAACCUGGCCAGCCUGAAGCCGAUGUGGAGGCAGGUCGAAGGCUUCAGGAUGCAUGUCCAGUCCAUCAUGAAAGAAUCUCCUGAUGGGGUUCAUUUGCUGUGCUUCUCACAAGGUGGUUUAAUUUGUCGAGCUCUUCUCUCAACGACUCCAGACCACAACGUGCACACCUUUAUUUCACUUUCCUCCCCACAAGCUGGACAGUAUGGAGACACAGAUUAUCUGAAGUGGAUAUGGCCUGACCACAUGAAGAAGACGGUGUUUCACGUUUGCUACAACACAUUUGGACAGAAAGUUUCUGUUUGUGACUACUGGAAUGUGACUGCUGGGAUAGGCUCCACCCCCACUGCGACCCCCAAUGGGAUAAGCUGUAUAGAAAAUGCAUGGAUGGACGGUUUUCCAGAUUUCCAGAAAACCGUUGAUCCACAUCAUAGACCAAGCUACCUGCGUUAUAACAUCUUUCUUGCAGUGAUUAAUGGUGAAAGACCAAACAAACACAUGAAAGAAUGGAGGGAAAACUUCCUACGCAUCAAGAAGCUCGUUCUGAUUGGAGGACCGGACGAUGGUGUCAUCACUCCAUGGCAGUCCAGCCACUUUGGAUUCUAUGACAGUAACGAAAACAUCGUAGAAAUGAGGAACCAGGAGAUUUACAAGAAUGACACCUUUGGGCUGAAGACGCUGGACGCUCGUGGAGAUGUGUCUACGUGUGUUCACUCAGGAGUGAAACACACUCUAUGGCACUCCAACUUCACAGUGUUUCAGAGCUGCAUAGAGAAGUGGCUCACAUGAAUACAACCUGCCAACAAGAGGGAACGAUCAAACCGAAACAGACUUUAGGAUGAAGACAUUUUACUCUAAUGCCUGUGCAAAGCAGCCAAAAAACUGCGCACAAACAUUCAUGGUCCCAUAGAGACUGACCCCAUAGUUUAAUGACAGCCCUCCUUUCAUACUGAGCCACACUAAAGCUCACAAGAAAAAUGCUGCUGAAGUUACUGAUUUCCAUGAAAUGUUGGACAUGUGAGGCCCAUGACUUUAUAUAGGAAAGGAACCCAGCCACUGCUGUGGCAGUCAUUGUUUUGAGGACUGUUUUUUUAAGGCUCAUCAUUACAAUUGCUUAUGAAGAGAUUUGUGGAUCCAGAGCAAUUCUGGAAAACAAGAGUAGAGACACACAGCUACACUUAUAAACCAGGCCAAUUACAGGCAGACACAUUCUCACCCUAAAGCAGUGAUUCUCAACCAGCUGGUCGGGACCCGAAUUGGAUGGUGGAGCAGGGUUAAGUAACUCGAGAUUGUUGGUUAUCUUUGUCUCAGUGUAACAAAGCUGGUUUCCCCAUGAUAACAAUCCUUGAGAUCUCUGGAAAAUUACCAACAUUUCUGUAACUUUCCAGGGGUGAUUUCAGUGGGAUCUCUUAGUUUAGUCUUUAAAUAACAAGCUUCCUUUUUUAUUUUAUUUACAGUUUUCAGUUUUACAAUAAACAACACAAGUCAAGUACAAGACAGAGCAAAAAAAAAAGACAACAGAAACAUGGCUGCCAGUAAGGAUAAAUUAAAAAGUUCUUGAAAGCAAUAUUAGGCCCAUUCCUAUAGACAGGGUCUCUCUAGAUUCAGAUAAAUAUGAGAGGGGCCUCUACCAUAACAUAUUUGCUCUCUGAUGCAGUCUUACCAUUAGUAUGACACACAACAUGCCCUUAAGCCAGUGAUAGGGGUAGGGUGGUGAGGUAAAAGUAGACUUCCAGGUGAUUAGAAGAAUGGUAUGUGCUCAGCAUAUUAAAUCUACUUGAAGGUCACAAUAGAGAACAGCUUGCUUAAUUUUGUUCUCUAGCAGGGCAUCAAAUAAGGCACUUUGUCAAAAUUCGUCCGCUAAAAGGGAACAAAUAAGGGCACUUUGUUAUAUUUAGUUCACUAAGAGGGACCCUUAUAGGGCACAAACUUUGUCCACUAACAAGGCACCAAAGAGGGUUUUUUUUCUCUUUGUUUAGAUAUAAAACCAACACAAUAAGUUAUAAAGAUCAAUUGUAAUACUUUUCAUGGUGUUUAGAAUUAUGAUAUGUGUAACUGUUUCCAGAUUUUGUAAAUACAGUUGCUUUCUGCUGCCUUUUCAUACAAUGUCGAUUGUGUUUUAUGAUUCCUUGACAGAAACCUCAGAAUAUGCUUUCAUAUGUUUGCAAUAUGAUGUAGUCAAAUGUGGGACUACUCUUAUGCAACUUCAGCUAUGACCGAGCUUUGCUGCUCUCUAGUGGAAGUUUAAAGUAUUUUGUUUUUUCUGCAACAAAUACAACAUGGCAUAAAGUUUGAUUAUACUAUGUUUAGUGUUCUUUAUGUCUGCAGUAAAGUCUUCAGUUAUAAAAUCUAUUUAUCUAUCAGGUGGUUUAGUUCCUUUAUUUUUGGUCCUGAUUCAAACAUUUUAAUUCAUCAUUCUUUGUGAUGAAACCAUGUUACCUCAACAUUACAUUUUCCUGUGCCUUUAAAAAUCAUGUUGACUCUGAUCUUAAGAAAAGUCACAUAAACAGACACAGACUGCUCAAAACAAGAGAAGCCCAUCACUAACUGUACCCUAUUGGACCAUGUGAUAUCUUCCAGUCCAGGUUACUUUUUAUCAGUAGAUACUUUUUAAAUACAGUCAGCAGUGCAUUUAUUUGACUACAAUUUGCUCUUUGUUACCUCUACGUUUGACUACAAUGACCAAAGACAACAUGCAUGUGUUAAAAGAAUUCAAAGUAUGUGAUCACAGAAAAAGCAAACUGAAG